CUCGUCCUCAGUGGCUCGCAGCGCGUCGCGCGCCCCCCGCCCCCCCAAAACCGAAUACGAGUGCGCGCGAGAAAUGCAGCGCGAGACACACACCGAGCAGCCCCGAUAAACCCCGCCGAAUCCACGCGCACGGGAAAAAACACAUUGGGAAAAACAGCACACGCUUGAGAAAGGAGUGACAGGAAAGUCCACCGCCGACGUUCAGAGGUAAAAUGGGAGGGAAGCUGAGCAAAAAGAAGAAGGGAUACAAUGUGAACGACGAGAAGGCAAAAGAGAAGGACGCAAAGACGGAUGGAGCGUCGGCGGAAGAGGGUGAAGCUCCAAAGGAGAACAAGGAGGACGCUCCUGCUGCCACUGAGACAACCAAUGACACGGCGGCGGCCACCAAAGAAACCGCCGAUAGCAAUUCCACCGCACCCAAGGAGGAGGAGAAAAGCGCCGCCCCUGUGAAGAAGGAGGAGCCUGCGGCGAAUGCUAAUGCUCCUAAAGCUUCUGACGCCAAGAGCAAUGAGGCUAUCAAAGCAGAACCCGCCAAGAGUCCAGAUGCCCCUCCUGCCAAAGCAGAAGAAAAAUCUGCCCCUUCUGCAGCUCCGGCCAAUGAGAAAGAGGCUGCAAAAGAUCCCACCCCUCCUGUAGCCACGGUGACGGAGAGCAAGCCCAACGCUGAGUCUAAAAAAACUGAGGCUCCGCCCGCAAAAGAAUCCACCCCUGCAGAGCCAAUCACCACGAAGACCAGCCCCGCCCCCAAUAAGGAGCAAGCAGUCACUGUGCAGGAUUAACAGAAGGAACAGUGAAUGACAAGAUUAAUGACAAAUGAAAAACAAGAUCAAAUCGAAAUAAUAAAACUAGCCCGCCCAUUUUAAAUUAUAUCAGUAAUUAUAAUAUGAAUAAUGAUAAUAGUAAUAAUGAUUUUAACAGGUUGGACUUUGAUCAUGUUGGCGAUGGACAUGAUCAUGGUGAAUAAGACUGGCAGUUAUGAUGAUAUCUUUAAUAUUCAAUUGAACUUUGAUACAAACCACCAGCCCCCAACUCUCUCUCUCUCUCUUUAUCUGUUCUCACCUUUCUUUCUACCUCCAUUCAAAGAGGGGUGGAAUAAAAACAUGGAAUCUAUUCAUUGCCACCCUCCGAAUCUCACUUCCCUCCAUUUGAGUGUGAUGGCAGUGGGUGGGGUUAAUAUAUAUGUGUGUGUGUGUGUGUGUGUGUGUGUGUAUGCGUGAGUGACAGUAGUAGUAAUAGUAGUAGUCCAGCCUCCCUGAUACACAUUUCAUAUUUCCUGUUUGCGGCUUUCUAGUUAGUGAUUGGCAUUGUGUCUUUGCUUAUCCCCUGACUUUCCUACUUUCUUUGUUGGUCUCUCUCUUUUUCUCACAUAUCAGUGGAAACUAAAUCAGUGUAU